AGAGCCAGCCUGAGUCCCCGCCGCCGGCUGCGCUCCGCGGGGCUGCUACCCGUCCGACAAAGGAGGUGGAAAAGCAGAGGCGGGGGGACGGCGAGGAGGAGGGGAGGGGGACGCGGCCGCUCCGUCCGGAUGCGGUGAGCCCCCGCUUCGCCCGGCAGCGCGGAGGGAAGCCGAGGAGCAGCCGCGGCGCUCCGCCACCAUGGGCUGCUGCACGGGGCGCUGCACGCUCAUCUUCCUCUGCUCGCUGCAGCUGCUGGCAGCAUUAGAGAGACAGAUCUUUGACUUCCUUGGUUUCCAAUGGGCUCCUAUCCUUGGCAAUUUCCUACAAAUAAUAGUGGUCAUUUUGGGUUUAUUUGGAACCAUCCAGUUUAGGCCUCGAUAUAUAGUUGUGUACACGGUGUGGACUGCCCUGUGGGUCACCUGGAACGUUUUCAUUAUCUGCUUCUAUUUGGAAGUAGGCGGACUCUCUAAGGAAACUGAUCUCAUGACCUUUAACAUCUCAAUGCACCGCUCCUGGUGGCGGGAGCAUGGGCCUGGCUGCAUACGAAGGGUGGUGCGUCCUUCUGCUCCUGGCAUCCUAGAUGAUUACUCCUAUGUCUCUGUGACGGGCUGCAUAAUUGAUUUCCAGUACCUAGAGGUCAUUCACAGCGCUAUCCAAAUACUCCUCUCCCUGAUUGGAUUUGUGUAUGCCUGUUACGUGAUCAGUAUUUUCAUGGAGGAAGAGGACAGCUUUGAUUUUAUAGGCGGACUUGACACAUACUCCUACCGACAGCCCCCCCAGGAGCAUGUUGAGUUAAAGCCUGUAAAGCCUGUAGGUCGAACUAAGUAAUGAACGUUCACUCAAGACUUCUGCUGUUGUAGCUGAAGAAACAGAUGUUAAAAGAAAAGACCAACCUUGUAACUCAUCGUUCUGGAAGAAACGCAUUGUCCGUUUAUCACGGCGCGUGGAUUGUUCUUCCCACAGGCUCAGUGUCAUUAUCAGCGUUGUUAUUUGGUAGAACCUUGUAGAUGAUCUUGAAUUUUUGAAUGAUUUACUUAUAUGGACACUUGUAAAUUGUAAAUUUUUUCUUUUUUAAUUUUAAUAUUUUUACAACAUUUAAUGUUAAGGCAUGAAAACAAAACCUGUGAAAACUAUGAGAAGAGUGCAUCUCUCUCAAGGAAGUCAGUAUUUUUUAACUGAUAGAAUCAUACUGUGCCUGGUAAAAAUCGUGUCAAUAAACAAUGAUUUGGAAUCCAAAAAAUACAGCAGGAGUUAAAUCCUAAUGGUGCAAAGGAGCUCAUUUCCAUGCUGUGUUUUGAAAUUCUCAGUGUCCACUCCUUGGUUUCUUUGAACUGCUGUAUGCAGUAGGAAUAUAUCUAUGACUCUGCUUGACCAGAUGUUCUAGUACUAACGUACUCAUCUAAUUAUUGCAAUUCAUAUAUGGCUCCUUCUCCCUCCCUAAUCUCUUUUGUUCUGAGCCCAUCAACAAUAGCUGUCUCUGAUUCAAAGAGAAAUAGAGUGACCACACAAUCUGUGGAUGUCAGUCACUAGAAACCCUUAAUUCCAGGGUUCUUUAGGUGUCUGUGAUUUGCACACUUUUAAACUCUUUUCCUCCCUUCUCCCAGGAAGAAGCCAAGCAUGAAUGUACAGUAUAAGGCACCACCUUCAGCCUUAGAAGUCUCUGGGAAAUAAUUCUGCUCAUUAUUUAAAAGUAAACAAGCAAAUCUGAAUAUGUGUACAAAAAUUUGUAAAGUUGUAUGUAAAUACUUCUAGACAAAAAACAUGUAUGUAACUGUCGUAUUUUGUUUUCUAUUCUGUCACCACUAGCAUAAAGUGAUACACAAAAGCUA